AUAUUAUGUUAAAUUGUUGUAUGUAUGUUACAUGCACAUAAAUAAAACAUCUAUCGAGGGCUCACAUUAUCAGUAUGGGUAAUGAACCUGAUAUAUAAGCCAUGAGACGUAAACGAUUAAUUAUGACCAAAUAAGUCAUAAGCAAAGCAAUCAAUCACAUUGACAAAAACAUUCUCACAACGUAGUAAUAUUGCUUGACUAAUUAAUUAGUCAAGCCUCAUGGGUACUUAUAGCCUUAUCCGAGCUACAAAUUAUGUGGGCUCAAGAUUGACCCUGAAUUUUUAAUAUAAUUCCCAAUAAAGUAAAAAUUUCGGGUCAACCUUGAAUCAUAUACAUAUAAUAUUACCACGGCUAAAAAAAAUAGGCAACCUUCAAUAAAUUUUAUUGCAUAUAACACUUACUGGCAUAUACGGGUAAAAAGAGAGUUCAAAUAAACAUAUAGAGAAGAAUAAAAAGACACUGCUGGCUAUACAUAUAGUGGCGCCGCGUAACAGUACGAUAUAAAGGAUUGAUUAAACAAGUCAUCCGACACCCGACUAACAUCAGUUUGAGGCUUUUUGAGACAGUGAUCCAUCUGUUUGCAAAGAUAAAAAAUUGAUAGUAUUUAUAAUUUAUAGACGAUAAACAAAAUUUUGUAAUUUGUUUUAACGAUGUCCUUAUACGCAAUAAAAAGGAGUACCUUGCGGCAAUCGCUCUUAUUAAGAUUGCCAAGGAAGACUUCGCUACUUAUUAGGGUCGAAAGAUUAAGAGGUCGUUAUUUGUUUCGGUCAGCGGUGCGACGCGUUUUAGAAUAUAUGGAAUGGAUAACGGAGAUACCAAUAAUCGAAGAAAUUAGCGACGAUGUAACGAUUAAUAUCAAACUGGCUCAACAGAGACACAAAGCAGAAAAGAAGCUGCUCACGUUAGAGGAUCGAUCGAUACUGUUAGUGAAUCCGAUUGAAAGAUCCUCUACGGACAAAGCGUAUAUAUACGAUCUUAUUAAAAAAUUGCGCGCAUUCUCGAAACAUUCGGAGGAUUUGAGAGAAAAUCUAGCCGAGGUAUGCAUUUAUCAGUAUUUACCGGCUGGUCGUGUAAUUGUUCGUCAGGAUCAUAAGGCGGAAAAUCUUUAUUUUAUUGCGAAUGGCGAAGUCAGUCUAUCGAGAGUUGCGAUCGACGAAUUGUCAGGUGAUGAGAAAACUAUAGACAUGGGCAUCAUGCAAUCAGGGGAUAUGUUUGGCGAAGUUGCAUUAUUCCAUACGAUACCGAGAACAUCAACUGUGGUUACCAAAACAUCAGUCGAUUUGCUUCUAAUUAGACGGGACGAUUUCGAUAACAUCUUGCGCAGUGUCUUGACGAAAAAAUGGGACGUUUUGCGCGACGCGUUAGUUCAUUUCAAUUAUUUCAAAGCGUGGGACGAAGAAACGGUACGAGAGUGUUGCAUUCUGAGCAAGCUGAAAAACUUUAAGCCUAACGAGGUUCUGUUAGGCGAUGGAACAGGCAUGGUGAAUUAUGUGCAUUUUAUUUUAAGUGGCGAAUGCCGCCUUAUCGAACAUAUGCUCGUCCGUGAACGGCCCUCUUAUCAUGGAAUACAAUACGAAUUAUAUGAUCCCGAAAUUUCUUCGGGUCCGCAACAACAACCAAGAGAAGUGUCAAAAAAAAUUGCAAAAUCUAACAAGCUACCUGACUUGAAUUACAAUUUUAAUCAAAGACCUGCCAACACGCACACAGACGUUGACCGGUUAAGUAUUGUUACUACUACACUUUUGGAUGUUGUUAAAGGAUGGCACGAAAUUACUGAUGUCGCGGCGAUGUUGAUGCGAGAACCAUCCGUUACGUCUCAGUUACGUUAUCCGGACGACAUUCGUACUAUAUUUAUGCAAGUAUGCACUUUUUCUCGAGGUGCAUGUUUCGGUUUAGGAGAGAAUAUGCUUCAUCGGAGAAUCGUAGCGAUUACACCGGUACGAUGUUUUCUUAUUCCCCGAUAUUGGUUGCUCGAGCACAAUCGUGCUAAUAUCUGGGGACGCGUAAAACAGUUCAUGGACUCAAAAUAUCCAACUAAGAAACAAUUAUUCAACGAGUUUCUUCUAAAUCGAAAAUGGAUGUCGUACAAACAGAAUUUAGUUGAAGAUGUUGUUAAACGACGUGGUCGCUAUCGUAGUAGCACAACGAUACACGACGUGCCGUAUUCUAUCAGAAUUACAGAUGAGAUAGAUCCAAAAAUAUAAUUACUCAUUUCGCGAUUUUUAUCGAAUCAAUAUUACUUUAAAUUACACAAACGUAUUGUGUAUUAAAACAGGUUGAUAAAAUAUCAGAACUAAAAAUAAGGAAAGUAGAAUUAAAUAAUUAUAAUAAAUAAAAUUAAUCAAUAAUGUAACAUAACAUAAAUUAAUAAUACGAGCUAAUAAGAGCCAAUCGCACGAUAAUAAGCAAAAGUAAAAAACAACGUAUUGAAGAUUUCAAAAGUUAUUUUUAUUUUAUGUUCUUUCACUUAUGCAUAUGUAAUAUAUUACGCUUAUUUUUUUAUUAUUUAUAUCAAUAAUUCCACUGAAACGGACUAAAACAUUUAAAAUAAA